AUGCCACAGCUUACCUGCUUCUGCAGCGGGCAGGCGGGGCCUGAGCAGGGCGUGAAAGCCUCGAGAGCACCGCAUACAGCUUGUCCCCGUUUCGCUGUCACUAUCACUCGUGCAUCCGACGGUAUCCAUCGGCCUCAGCCAGCGCACAACACGAUUUCGAAGUUCGAACAACUCGUGCCGCAAAUGUGGAACCACUCCCCGGACAGGUACCCAGCCCGCAGCACGUUCACAAAGGCCCCUUCCUCGACGCGGGCGCAGGAUAGUGCACCUGUCCCGACAACCGGUGGGCCCCAUCACAAGGAUCAUCGUGCGCGUGUGGAGGAGGCCGUCGAUGUCGAACGAUCUCCGUACACACUCAACCCCAGUACAUGCGAUGGAAUGCGCUGGGCUCCCGACGCACGGAGCAACUCUUCUCCUGCGGUCACCGCUGCCGAACUACCCAUCGCUCGUGCACGGGACGCGCGGCGCACGGUGACCAAUCUCGCUGGAAAGAUCCAUCCGGCGGCGUCUUCAACUAUGGGCAAACUCGCAUGCCGCGCAUCCCCCAACUGCACGUCGCUCUCGCUCGCGCCCAGCGCCCUCCCCUACUUCUCCACGCCGCAACCGCAAACCUCGACUUUCGAGCUUGCGCACCGGACGAAGCUGUCCGGUGGAUCGGGCAUCGCGCUGCGCCUGCCCCGCCGGGUCCGAAGACGCGUCGGCGACCUGCCGUUCGAGUGGCUCCGGGAGAUCGCGCGGCGCAGCGGGCGCACGAAGGAGAGCAGCAGCGAGAGCGAGAGCGAUGCAGACGAGGAGCCUCAGAAGAUUAGCGUCAAGACUGCCGUGCCCGUCGCGCCGACGCCGAAGCGGCAGCAUACGUCGCGCCGUCUGCCGUCUUCUAAGGCCUCCUCUGGUGAGCGCGCGCGCAGUCCGUCGCGUGCGCCUUCGAGGUCGCCCACGGUGCCGGAGUUCACGGUGCCUGUGACGGUUGGAGCGGAGGAGGUGCGCGUGCGCGUCGCUGGCUUCACCGAAGCGAUGGACGUGGACGGCGAGCGGAAGCAGGACGGGCCGGCUGGGAAGGAGAAGACUGCUGCGCAAGGAGGUCCCUCGUGGCCGUCGAGCUCGACGAGCACGAGUGGGGACGCGCCGCCGGUAGCCGGUAAGGACUGGGAAUCCAGCAGCUCGGAUUCCUCGCCGAUCCCCUCGAGACCCGCGACGCGCUCAACGGACCUGUCAGGAGAAUCGACGGCGCGGUCGACGUCGUACCUGUCGGCGCAGUCGACGAGCCCGCCGUCGAGCCACACGGGAAGCUCCGGCAGCUUGUCGGCGGCCGUGGCGAAGCAGGCGGCACAUAUGACGUUGUCGAAGAAGGAGAAGACGAGCGUUUCGCCGAGCCCGAGCUCUGGGGAAGUCGAAGUCGAUGGGAAGCUGCGGUCCCCGGAUCAUGCGCGUCAUUCCCAUUCCCAGCGCCAGUCCGACGCGGAGGCGCACGUCAGUCGUCUUGACACUUGGAGGUCGGCGGUGCGCCCUGCGGACUCGCCUCCCCACGCCGAAUCUCGCUCGUCGAAGAGCUCGGACACGACUGCGCCUGCGGGAGGGCUGGCGGACGAGGAGGGCACUGUCCAUGGCGAGGGCUCGCAGUACCAGCGCGGGCGCGUCUUUGACUAUACCCAGCCGCGUCGCCUGCACACCGACAUGUCGCCGCCGCUGCUCUCUACGUACGACGAGCCUAUCCGCCGGGUGAUCGAGGACAUGAGGGAGCAGCGGAUGAGCCUGUGCCAGAGCUUGCGGCAAUACGUGUUCGUGUAUCGCGCUGUGAUUGAAGGGACGCUGAUGAUCGUGGACGAGGAGAGGAAGGCGGAGGAGUUGGGUCACCGUCAAGACGUCUUUAUGGACGGGCCUAUGCACUCACCGGAGACCGUGUCUUCCGUGGGCUCGGGUGCGUCGCUGCGAGAGCGGGGCGUGUCGCGGAAACGCAGCAUCUCUGACUACAUGCGGGAGGACGCCGCGAUCGAUGGGCAUCUGUCGAUGUCGCCGGGCGGGACGAAGCGGGGCGCGAGCCCGACGGAGCUGCCCAAGGAGGGCGUGCAGGGCGAGGCGAUGUUGACGAAACGACCGAGCAUCAAGCGUACGUCGCGGAUGGACACCGUAUGA